AUGAAUGGUGUAGUGAGUCUAUCGUUAUUAAAGGUUGCUGGCCUCUCUUUGUAUCCGGUGGUGGUCUGCAGAGGUAAAAUUUGUUGUGGGUCGUUGUCGCGGUACCUGUUAGAAAUUGAUUGGAGAAGGUGCGGAUUGGAGAAGGCUGUGUGGGUGGAAUUGAACAUCAAGGUAUCAGAAGCGGCUUGGCACAACGGGUAUAUCGUCGGUGGCAUUGGCAGUCGCUACAUUCAGAGUAGUGAAUCUGAAGAGGAAGAGGAAGAGGUGUCUAAGGGGUUAGAGUCACCGUCACGAGUGGGCAAGGAUAGUGAGCCAGUAGAGAGAGUUGAUGUAUUUGGUGAAGGGGACGAUGGUGGAAGAAUGACUUCAUCGCAGUCACCACGUGGUUCAAGCGAUCAAAUGAGUGAUGAUGUAGACACUUCGAUGCUUUCAACCGCGGCAUUGGCUGAUGCCGAAUUUCAUGGGGUUGAAGAGGCUUAUGCAAGAUAUGUGGAGUAUGCAAAGGUGACUGGAUUUGCUGUUCGAAAAAGGGAUUCCAUUAAAGAUGAUGAAGGCAAUGUUGUGAGGAAAUUUUUCUAUUGCAAUCGACAGGACUUGCGGGAGAAGAAGCAUUAUGAGAGGGCGGAUAGGAAGAGGGCGCAUAAGGAAGAGACUAGGACCAACUGUAGUGCGAAGUUCGUUAUAUUUUUAGACAAAUAG